AUGGCUGCUUAUGGAGCUCUAGUUUCUCUUAUGCAUAUCAUAGAUCGCAUCGAGAAUCAUCCUUCCCCUCCAAUUUCUAUCAACAAACAACAAGUUGAAUCUCUCAUUGAAAAUGUUACCUUCUUGCAAGAUUUUCUUGAUGGUUAUAUUUCACCAGUUGUCGAUGACCAUGAAGCUGAUCCAUUGGAGCGUCGCAUUGCUGAUGCAGUUUAUGCAGCUGAGGAUGUUAUCGAAUCCCAAAUUGUGGUCCAAAUUGAUAACCGGUCCACAAUUGUUGGGAAGAUGAUCAGAUUUAUCAACUUGUUUCGAGCUCUGUGUAAAUGCGCAACAAUUGAGGAGGACUUCUAUCAUGAUCUACAACAAGUGAUAGAAGAAAUGAAUCUGAUCAAGAAAGAAGCCAUGGAGAUUGCAGCCGAAGCUCAACUGCAGAGAAAGGUCUCCCCAACUCAUGCUAGCUCCUCGACGUCCUCUUCCAUUGUGAAGGAAAGCAUGAUGGUGGGCUUCGACGAGGUGUUACUUGAAGUGCUGGAUAAUCUCACUGGAGGUGAACUCAGUCGCCAAAUCAUCCCAAUUAUGGGGAUGGGCGGCAUUGGUAAGACCACUCUUGCCCGAAACAUAUUUGAGCAUGCGCUUGUUAAGGAGCAUUUUGAUAUUUGCGCUUGGACUACAAUUUCUCAGACAUAUAAUGUGAGAGAAACACUUAAAGAAGUUCUUUUUCGAGCAAGUGGAGAUUCAAGGGAUCUGAGUGAAAAUGAAUUGGGAGAAAAUUUACAUAAAUAUUUGGCAGGUAGGAGAUAUAUGAUAAUAAUGGAUGAUAUGUGGAGUAUAGAGGUAUGGGAUAAGAUGAGAUUUUUCUUCCCCGAUUACAAUAAUGGGAGUCGAAUAAUCGUAACAACUAGGAUGUCUAACUUGAAUUUGCAGUUGAGUGAGUCUUAUGGAGUUGGUAUGAAAUUUCUAGAUGAGUCUAGUAGUUGGGAUUUGUUCUGCAAGACUGUGUUUGGGGGAGAAUGUUUCCCUCAUGAGUUGGAGAAUAUUGGAAAGAAAAUUGUAGCAAAUUGUAAAGGGCUUCCUUUAUCAAUUGCUACAAUAGGAGGUCUUUUGGCGAAAUCUGAGCGCACGAGAGAAUAUUGGGGGCGUAUAGAGCAAAAUUUAAAUUCAAUUGUGAUCACAAAUAAUGAUGAAUUUUGCUUAAAGAUAUUGAGGAUGAGCUACAUCCAUUUGCCCAAUUAUUUGAAGCCAUGUUUUUUGUAUAUGGGUGUUUUUAGAGAAGAUCAUACAUUUCGUGUCUCAACAGUCGCGAAGGUAUGGGUUUCUGAAGGAUUUUUAAAACCAAUGAGUGGUAAAUCUUUGGAAACAAUUGCGCAAGAGUGCUUUGAAGAGUUGGCUGCAGAAAUCUCAUUAUAG